CCGCCGCCGCCGCCGCCGCCGCCGCCGCCGCCCGAGGCCCUGCGUGUCCCCCCCACCCUGGCGCCAUGGCCCCCCGCUGGACACUGGCCCUCGCCUCGCUGCUGGCCCUCGUUGUUGCUGUCACCGCUGCCACCACCCUGGGGUCCUCGUGGAGUGCCGUGCCCCGAAAAACUGUCCCCUACGCUGAGCUGCAGGACGUGGCCAAGCGCUUCUCACAGGGGGGAGUCUCGCAUUACCUGACGCUGACGCUGGAUGAGGCCGAGGCACUCCUCUAUGUGGGCGCCCGCGAAGCUGUCUUCGCCCUGGCCACCGGCACUGUGGAGCUCAAGGCUGCGAUCUCCUGGGAAGCCCCCAUGGACAAGAAAGCCGAGUGCAUCCAGAAGGGCAAGAACAACCAGACUGACUGCUUCAACUACGUGCGCUUCCUGCAGAGCUACAACAGCUCCCACCUCUACGCCUGUGGCACCUACGCCUUCCAGCCCAAGUGCACCUACAUCGAACUGUCUGGCUUCACCCUGGACCAAGUGACGUUCGAGGACGGCAAGGGCAAGUGUCCGUACGACCCCACCAAGGGCCACACCGGCCUCAUUGUGGAUGGGGAGCUCUACUCGGCCACCUUCAACAACUUCCUGGGCACGGAGCCCGUCAUCCUCCGCAACCUGGGUCCCCACUACUCCGUGAAGACAGAGUAUCUCACCUCCUGGCUGAAUGAGCCCCACUUCGUGGCUUCAGCUUAUGUGCAGGAGAGCACGGCGAGCAGCACCGGCGAUGAUGACAAGGUUUACUUCUUCUUCAGUGAACGGGCGGUGGAGUACGACUGCUACGCGGAGCGAGUGGUGGCCCGUGUGGCGCGGGUCUGCAAGGGCGAUGUUGGCGGUGCCCGCACACUGCAGAAGAAGUGGACGACCUUCCUGAAGGCACGUUUGGUGUGCUCGGCGCCCGAGCAGCAGCUCCACUUCAACCGCCUCCAGGCUGUCUUCACCCUCCCGGGGACCGAUUGGCAGGGCACCACCUUUUUUGGGGUCUUCCAGGCCCGCUGGGGCGACGUGGACGUCUCGGCUAUUUGCCGUUACCACAUCCUGGAGGUGAAGAAGGCGUUCGAGGGCCCCUACAAGGAAUACCGGGAGCAGGCGCAGAAGUGGGGCCGGUAUUCGGAUGAGGUGCCAAGCCCCCGUCCUGGCGCGUGCAUCACCGACUGGCACCGCCGCAAUGGCUUUGCCAGCUCCCUCGAGCUGCCCGACAACACCCUCAACUUCGCCAAGAAGCAUCCGCUGAUGGACGAACCCAUCCUGCCCCACCGCGGACGCCCUCUCCUCCUCAAGAAAGAUGCCAACUUCACCCAGCUGGUGGUGGACCGGGUGCCUGGGCUGGAUGGCACCAUCUAUGAGGUGCUCUUCAUUGGCACAGGUGACGGCUGGGUGCACAAGGCACUGAACCUGGGCACUGGUGUCCAUCUGGUGGAGGAACUGCAGGUUUUUGAGCCGGCGCAGCCCGUGGAGAGCCUUGUCCUGGCUGGCCAGAAGAAGCUGCUCUUUGCUGGCUCCCGUUUCCAGGUGGCCCAGUUGCCCCUGGCCGACUGCGGCCGCUACCAGUCCUGCACGGACUGCAUCCUUGCGCGGGAUCCCUACUGCGCCUGGAGCCGCAACGCCAGUCUCUGUAUCCGCACCGACGGCCUCAACGGGUCCCAUCUGGUCCAGGACGUGCUGAGCUCUGACACCCACGCCUGCGCCGUGCCACAAGUGACCAAGCAAGGUCCCAUCACCCCCAAAAACGUGACGGUGGUGGCAGGCACCGACCUGGUGCUGACAUGCCGCUUGGGUUCCAACCUGGCCCAGGCACUGUGGACCUUCGAGGGCCGAGCUCUGGCGGCCGAGCAGGCGUUGAUGCUGCACGAUGCCCGCCUGCGAGCGCUGGUGGUGCCAGGAGCCGGGGCACAGCACAGCGGCACGUACCGCUGCUUCUCAGAGGAGCAGGGCGCCCGUUUGGGGACGGAGGUGUACCGGGUGGUGGUUCUGGCCGGUCCUGGGGUGCCUCUGGAGACACGGGCACCGCUGGAGAGCCUGGGGCUGGUGUGGGUGGUGGCGGUGUGCCUGGGCGCCCUGUGCCUGGUGCUGGUGCUAGUGGUGCUCUCGCUUUGGCGACGGCUGAGGGAAGAGUUGGGCAAAGGCGCCAAAGCCAUUGAGAGCACCUUAGUUUACCCCAUCGAGCUGCCCAAGGAGCCUCCAAGUCCCCACUUUGUGCCCAGUGCUGCUUCUGACUCGGAUGAGAAGCUUUGGGACCCAGCAAGUUACUACUACUCGGACGGCUCACUCAAAAUCGUGCCGGGUCACGCCGCCUGCCGCAACGGCGGCCCCCCCAGUGCCACCUCGCCACCCAACGCCAUUCCCGGGCAACCUCUCCACUCACCCACCCGCAUCCACCUGGGUCCCCUGCGCGGUUCCUCCUCCAACGGUUACAUCCGCCUGGCACUGGGUGCCGAAGAGCGGCCGCCCUGCGCUGAUUUGGCUGAAGAGCUCCGGCGCAAACUGCAGCAGCGCCAGCCCCUGCCCGACUCCAACCCUGAGGAGUCAUCGGUUUGAGCCACCGCCAAGCAGCCGUACCUACCUCAGGGCCCCGCAUCCACUGCAUGGACCCUGGCACCGGCACCCGCCGCGGGGACCACCGCCUCGGCACCAGCAUCCGCCUUGGGGCUGCUGCACCGCAGGCACCAGCAGCUGGUUUGGAGAUGCCGGUGUUGGCACCCGUCUUGGGGACUGCUGAGCUGGCACUGGCACCCGUCUUGGGGACAGGACUGCAAGCCUGGCAUUGGCACCCAUCUUGGGGACAGGAUUGCUACCCCGGCACCCGUCUUGGGGACAGAACCACCACCCUGGCACGUGUCAUGGGGGCAAGACUGACACUCUGGUGCCAGCACCCGUCUUUGGGACAGGAUUGCCACCCCAGCACCCAUCUUGGGGCUGCUGUGCCGUGAGUGCUGGCAGCGUUUUGGAGGUGCCAGUGCUGGCACUUGGGGACAGGACUGCCAUGCCAGCACCCAUCUUGGGGACAGAGCCACCAUCCUGGUGCACAUCUUGGGGCUGUGGCACCGUGGGUGCCAGCAGAAUUUUGGAGAUGCCAUUGCUGGCACCUGUCUUGAGGACAGGACUUGCCACCUGGGCACCCAUCUUGGGGACAAAACUGCCCAUCCCAGCAGUUGUCUUGGGGACAAGACUGCCACCCCAGCACCUGUUUUGACACUGUGGCACCAUGGGUGCUGGCAGUUGUUUUGGAGGUGCUGGUGCUGCCACCCACCUUGGGGACAGGACUGCCACCCUGGCACCCACCCUGGGGACAGAACUGCCACCACGACACCCAGCUUGGGGAUAGAACUGCCACCCAGGUGGCAGCAUGCAUCUUGGGGACAGAGCUGCCAUCCCAGCACCCACUUUGGGGACAGCACUGCCACCCUGGUGCCAGCACCCAGCUUGGGGACAGAACUGCCACCCUGGCACCCACCUUGGGGCACAGGCACCCGUCUUGGGCACCGGUGCUGCUCCCAUCACCACAUCCGCCUUUGGUACCACGUCCCGGACAAGGGACUGAGCUUGGAAACUGCCACCAGCCUUGGGGACCACUGACCCCCCCACCCCCACCCCCAUGGCACCGCAUCCCCCAGGAUGAGUUUUUUGGGACGAUUUAAGGACCGAUUGGGUUUUUUUGCUUCCUGAGAACUUUUCUACCACCUCCCCCAGGGCCCUGACCUCAGCCCUGGCUGUAAAUCCCCGCCUCGCCCCCUGCACGCCGCCCCUUUUUAUAACCCCCCCAGUGUAAUUUAUUUG